AUGCCGGUGCCAGACAGCACAUCAUCCGCGCCGGCGGGCUCAUCAGCGGCCCAGCUGAGCGCACCAGCUGCCGAUCUCUCCCUCUCGCAGUCUAUCUCGGCCUCUGGCUUGGACCUCAAGCGUCCCGCCUCAGUCGCCUCCUCUGAAGAGGAUAGUCAGACUCUCUCACGGACCAAGACGGCCAAGGCGCACUACGGUAAAGCAGCAAGAGCCUUUCUCGCCAAGGAUCUUCAGACUGCACUGCUUCAAAGCCAGCACGCCGCUGAUUUGCUUUUCUCGUCUCAGCAGCUCGGAAGUAGCCUCACUGCCUCGUCAUUCCUCAGCGAUGCCGACUUGGACGUGCAGAAAUUGGUCGAAAAGGUCGCCAUCCUCCGACUCACCGUCUUCUCCCAGGUCUACACCGACAAGCACGUCUCUGCCAGCAUCCACGACAAGCUCGCCCACCUCAAGCAACAGUCUGCCUCAGAUGCUGCUGCCAUCGACCGCAUCUCGCUUCUUCUCUCCAAGCAGCCACAGAGCUUGAUCAGCCAUCUGUGGUUCGAGGCUCUGCGGCUUUGCACCCAAACCUCGGGAGAGGCAGACGCGCCCUCGCUCGACCCUACUCCUGAAACCAUCCACUUGGCCAUCGAAUUGCCUGCUUCCGUCGUUUCGUCCGCCGUGCUCGCAGCGCUCCGCUUGGACGCACUCAAUCCAGCUGCACGCACAGGAACCAAUGCGGCUCGCCUCAUCGCUGAAUGGUACCUUGCCUCGUUUUCAUCUGCUUUUGGCGCCGCUGCUCCCAAUCCCAAGGCGGCGGCAGCGUACGAAAAAAUCGUGGGCCUCUAUUCGCUCCAUGUGCUUGCAUCACGCCUUGGCGAGUGGGAGUAUGCGCGUGAGUUCGUGGGCUAUUCGAGUUUGGCGGAAUCGAUCAAGUUUGGAUUGCUCGAGCAGAUCAACGAAGCACAGGCUCACCUGUCGGGACAAUCGGAAAGGGAGGAGGAAGCCAUGGCCAGUGCUCACAGGACGUACGCACAAGAAAAAGCCAAGCGAGAAGCUGAAGAGAAGCAGGCCAAAGAGGCGACUGCGGCCGCAGCUGCUGCCAACGGCUCGUCUGGUGGAAAGAAUUCCAGCAAGGUCGGUGGCAAAGCGCGAGAUCUUGCGUCGGGCAUCGGCAACUUCCUGACAGGCAAGAAGGAUACCGAUACUGAGGUGGCAUCUUCGUCCUCAGCAGCAGCCGCAAGCAAGAUGAGCGCAAGCGUUCGCAGCGGCCACCGCAGCAAUGGCGACUCGCCUCCGGUCUCAUUUGGAUCUGGAUCCGAGCGCCGGCAGCGCAGCCAAUCUCCCACCUACUUUUCGCCUCGCAACGGUGCGGCCGAGUCGGGGUCAUCAUCGUCGACCAGCCCGUCCUUGUCUCCCGGUUUGACACGCAGCGUCGAGUCAUCCAAUAAGAAUGGUGCCAAGGAGGAACACAAGUCGGAGCGCCGAUCUGUGCGUCGCUCGAGCUCGUCUCGGUCUUCGGACUAUGAUGGAGGGAACGAGAGUAGCACCUCGGCUGCUUCGAAUCAUUCUCGUCGAUCGACACGCAGCAAUGGCGGGGAAGGGGCAGCCAAGGAACAGCAACGCUUCAAGGAUGAUACAGGCUACGCGUCGACGCGCGCUCAUCUGUCGAGGUACAUGGAGGGAGACCACCAUCCCAGUAGCUCUUCGUCGUCCUCCAACAACAGAAGGGGAUCGGAGCGAGAUGUAACUUCGAACCGCUCAACAUCCAACUCCAUCCUGUCGACGCUGACGGGCAUGUUUAAUUUUCGCAGGACCAACCAGACCAGGACGUGGCUCAUGUCGGCGAUUGUCAUGCUGCUCGUCUAUUAUCGCGUGGCUCGAAGGCCACCUGCGCAGCGGGGCGUGGCCAAGACCAAUGCAGCACGACGGAAUGCGGCUGCGCAGAAUGCGAGGAGCAAGCUGGUGGGCAAGAGUGGCUCGGCAGGCGGAGGUGUAGCUGGCUUCAACUGGCUGCUUGUCAUCUGGUCAAAGGUGCUGAGUACGAUCAAGAUGGGCACACAGGUGACCUAUCUUUGA